GAGCAAACAUCUCAGAAAUACCUAGAAAAUCUCUUUAGUGGUGUUCUUUUAAUGAAAGUCGACCUGUCUGCAUGCAUAGUCUGUAGAGAUGGAGAGAUUCAGUGAAACAUUAAUCAUAGUUGAUGUGUACUGUUACAGGUUCAAUUUGUCUAAUUCAUUACACCAUGUAACAAUUUUAUUUUUUAUUUGGUUCCUGGGUAGUGUGUUAUUUCCUAAUUGCUAAUGCCUCAAAAGUAUAGAAAAUGGCUAUUAUUCCCCACAAACUUUGCUAUUGUGACCAGGACAGUGAUAUUAUGAAAUGUACCUAUUUUCCAGAACAUUCCAGAUAGAUUCAUUGCUGAGUAAACUUGGAGUAACUUCUAGAAUGUUCUAGAAAUUUCCAGUAAUAUAAAUAGUAGUAUAGAUACUGGGGCCUUAAGCCCACCAGUUCAGUUUAGUUCCAGCUGUCUAAGUGGAUACAUAUCUGCAUUUUUCUGAGAUGGCAUCAAGAGGCUGCAAGCAUCCGGUAGACACAUUUUGCUAUGUCUGCGGCCAAUUUAUAAAGACAAGAGCGAAAAAGUACUCCGUGGAAGCAUCUGCUAAGAUGUGUGAGGCCUACAAGGCAUAUUUCGCUAUGCCUGUCGGGGAUCAAGACAAACCCUGGGCACCUCAUUUCACCUGCGAGCCCUGCAAAAAAAACUCUGGAAGCAGGGACACCGAGGCGCACUACCACAGGCAGGACUGGUCACAGCGGACCGAGUUCUCUGUGGGGAGGAACAACAUCAAGUGGGAGCCCCUGAUGGACCCACGGAAGGUGCUGAUGCCACCACUGCACAUCAAAUUGGGCCUUAUGAAACAAUUUGUCAGAGCUCUAGAUAAGGAGUCGGCAGCCUUCAAGUACCUUCAAGACUUCUUCCCUAAGCUGUCUGAGGCAAAGGUCAAAGCCGGUGUCUUCAUCGGACCACAGAUGAAGAAGAUCCUGGAGUGCAAUGAAUUCCCCAAGAAGCUCACUAGUAAGGAGAAAGCGGCUUGGAACAGCUUUGUCGCAGUGGUUCGGGGCUUCCUGGGAAUCACACGGCUGAAAACUAUGUGGAGCUGGUUGAGACUCUGGUGAAGAACUAUGGCACAAUGGGCUGUAGGAUGUCCCUCAGAGUCCAUAUCCUUGAUGCUCAUCUUGAUAAAUUCAAGGAGAACAUGGGAGCGUACUCGGAGGAGCAAGAUGAGAGCUCUUCCAUCAGGAUAUACUGGACUUUGAACGCCGCUACCAAGGACAGUAUAACGAGAACAUGAUGGGAGACUACAUUUGGGGGCUGAUUC